CCGACCGAAGGAAGAAAAAAAAGGUGGGGUUUGGCAGAAAGUUUGGUCGGCCCAUUUGUCCUUUGAAUUAAUUUUGUUGGCAGGUCUUCUUUGGUGUUUAUUUUUGGUGGCUUGGGUUUGGCGUAUUUUAAUUUGGACUGAUUUAUUUGGAGAGUUGGGCCUGUUUUCCUAACGAAAUUACCAAGAUCUGAAAUUAGUUGUACCGGGUAUCUCGUUUGGUCGUGUGAUAUGGCAGAUGACGGGAAGUUCCGAAUUGAGAAGUUCGACGGUACAGAUUUCAGUUGGUGGAAGAUGCAAAUUGAAGAUUUGUUGGUUCAGAAAGAUUUGGACGUGCUAUUGGGUGACAAGCCAGAAAAGAUGUCGGAUGCAGAUUGGGCAAGUUUGGAUCGGAAAGCUAUGUCCGUGAUCCGUCUCUCGUUGACCAAGAAUGUUGCGUUCCACAUUCUGAAGGAGAAGACAGCGAAGGGAUUAUGGACACGCUAUUUAACAUUGGGCAUUAAGUUCGAUGAUGAAGUUCAAGCUUUGCUACUGCUAUCGUCUUUACCUGAUAGUUGGUCCGGAACGGUUACAGCAGUUACCGGUUCAGUGGGACCCGAUGGAUUCACCUUUGAUCAUAUUCGAGAUCUCGUUCUUAGCGAGGAUGUCAGAAGAAAGAGUUCAGGGGAGUCAUGUGGUGAAUUGCUUCAUGUUGGUAGAGGCAGAAGAUAUAGCAGAGGUAGUGGGAGCAGAAACAGAAAAAGGAGUCAGUCGAAGACUCGUGACAGCUCAGGUGUAACGUGCUGGAAGUGCAAGGAGGUAGGGCAUUUUAGGAAUCAAUGUCCGAAUGAUAAGAAAGUAAACAUUGCUCAAGGCUCUGCGAGUGACGAGGAGGUCGCUUUGACUUGCUGUGAGGAAAGCAAUGUGGAUUCCUGGGUCAUGGAUUCUGGUGCUUCAUUUCAUGCCACCCACAGCGGUGAAGCAUUGCAGAAUCUGGUUAUUAGAGACUUUGGAAAGGUACGACUAGCAGACGACAGAGCUCUUGAGGUGACGGGCAUGGGUGACAUGGUGUUGAAGACCUCAGUCGGUCUCUGGACUUUGAAGAAUGUCAGAGUGGUUCCAGCCGUGAAGAAAAGUUUGAUUUCUGUCAGGCAGUUGGACGAACAGGGGCACGAGGUUAAGUUCAGAGAUGGGCAGUGGAAGGUCGUGAAAGGAAAUCUUGUCAUGGCCCGCGGAAGGAAGAGUGGUUCGUUGUAUUUGGUCGAGUUACCAUCUGAGGGAGUGACCGCCCCAGUUCAUAAGAGAAACAAAGUCCGGUUCACAGAGUCUCGUGGGCAGAAUAAUGUUGUCUAUGCAAGAGAGAAACCUAGAGCCACAGGUCAGACUCGGGAUGAACGAGCAAGGAAUGGUUCAAGGACGCAAGUCAGAGGUAUUUAUGGCAGUGGGAGCUCAAGAGGCGCUUCAGCCAAGUUGCCUAGAAGACAGUGGGUCAGGAGAACUAGUAUUCCAGCUGUUGGAACAUCUCCAAAAAUUUUCUUGCUGAUUAUGGAGAGUGUUUGUUCUCAGGAUGUUCCAGGAUCCGACAGUGUGCGUCUGCAGUGGGAGCCGGUAGGGACCGAGGACGAGUCAGUGGUAGAUUUAGCCAUGACUGAUGUGUUGGAGCUUGGGAGAGCUUCAACGGGCCUUUCAGUUGUCUGAUGAUAGGGCCGCUGCAACAGGAGAGCUGAGGAAGAUUACUUGAUGUACAGGGAAUCGUGGUGGAUGGCAGUUGAUGACUAUCAAGCCUCCAAGUGGGAGAAUGUUGGGUUUGUGGAGACUUGAGCUUGACUUUUUGCCCGACCUAUUUUACGAAACCCUAGAUGCACUCUUCAUAUAUAUAUUGCAUACGUGUACUUGUAAUCG